AUGGCCGAGAUCGCUUCAGUCUACCCGACUGCCGGUGGACAAUACCAUUGGACCAGCAUUUUAGCACCCAAACGACUCAGUCGUGGACUAAGUUAUUGUUGUGGGUCUAUUAACUUCCUAGGUUGGAUUGCCAAUGGAGCAGGUUUCAUUAUCCAGAUGCCGGUCAUUAUACUUUCGCUGGCAUCGUACCUUGAUCCUACUUACAUCCCAGAAACCUGGCACAUCUUUCUUGUUUUUCAGGCUUUCAACAUCGCUUUUACGGCCUACAACGUCUUUUUGAUGAAACGGACCGCUUGGAUCCAUGAUAUUGGCUUCUUCCUGUCUUUGGCGGGCUUUUUCGUGAUCACAGUCACCUGCUUAGCGCGCUCAGAGCAAAAACAAGAUGACUCCUUCGUAUGGACCACGUUCAUCAAUGAGAGUGGCUGGUCUUCAAGGGGCAUAGUCUUCUUAACUGGUCUGCUCAACCCCAACUUCAUCUACUCCGGUCUUGAUGGGGCGAUACACCUGGCUGAGGAGUGCACCAAUGCUUCUUCCGCCAUACCAAAAGCACUACUCUCGACGAUCGUGAUUGGCUUUAUUUCAGCCUUCACCUUCAGCGUAGCAAUGCUGUACAGUUUCACGGACUUUGAGCCCGUGCUCUCAUCUCCACUGCCUAUUCUUGAAAUUUGGUCCCAAGCAACUGGAUCUAGAGCAGCAGCAACCAUAUUUGUGCUCAUACUGUCUUUGUGUGGAUGCUUUGCCUGCACGGGAGCACUCCAAACCGCCAGUCGACUCACUUGGUCAUUUGCUCGUGACAACGCCAUCGUCUUCUCUCCAUUCCUUCGCAGGAUACACCCCCGACUCUGCGUACCAGUCAACGCGCUCCUAGCCAACUGGGCUCUCAUCUUCGCCCUCGGUUGUAUCUUCCUCGCCUCUUCGACCGCGUUCAACGCCCUCGUCGCCACAGGCCUGAUUCUACAGCAAGUUAGCUUUGGGAUUCCCGCUGCCCUCGCCCUCUAUCAUCGUUCCAAAGGAACACUUGCUUUCGACCGUGUACUUCCGCAGCGGGGGUUCAAGAUGCCCUACGUUUUAGGUGCCGUUGCCAAUGCGUUGACAAUUGUUCUUGGACUGUUGGCGCUGGUGUUUUAUGACUUUCCGGUUGUCAUGCCUGUCUCGGCUUCAAAUAUGAAUUAUGCUAGUGUGGUGCUUGGGGUAAUGGGGCUCUUUGCCAUCGCCAACUGGUUUGGGUACGCCAACAAGAGGUAUAGAGGGCCGCGACUUGACUGA